UGCUCGAGUCGAAUCAAUGCAGGGCAACAUGCUAAGUUCAAAUGGCAUUCGAGUGCAUCCGAGACUACCGGAAUACGAUGAGUUGGUUGCACGUUUUGCCUCAUUCUAAAAGCUCUACUCCUUCCUCGAUCCUCUGCUUUCCCUUCCUUCCCGCAUGGAGAAGUGCAGGUCGUUCCCGGACUCCUCCUAUUACUCCUCCGUCGCCGGCGGUGGAUCCGGCCACGAGAACCUCUCCACCUCGUACAGCUUCAACGGGCCGAGCGGGAAGGGCGAGGGCUUCGCCAGCGCGGCGGACCCCGAGCUGAAGCGGAAGCGGCGCGUCGCCUCCUACAACUCCUUCGCCGUCGAGCGCAAGCUCAAGUCCUCCUUCAGCAACAGCUUCAAGUGGAUCAAGAACAAAUUCGCCGACGCCCGCUACGGAGUCUAAUCAACAAAGGCACGUAUCAAUAUAUCAAUCCAUCCAUCCAUCCAUCUAUCCGUCUAUACAUGUGUCCUCUUUUCGAUUGAAUCUUUUUUCUAGGGAUUUGGCUUGUUCUGUUGUCUAUCCUGUGUGGAAGUCAUUAGCUAGGGUUUGAUGGUUUGGGGUGGAUAAAAAUUGGAACUUUGCAGUUGCUCAUGAAGCCUCUGUUCAUCUUUGAGCUGCCUUUGUUCAUCUUCGAACAUUUUCCCAAAUUCCAAGUUUCAUGAAUUUCUCUGUUUGCUUCUGAAAA